AUGGAAGCAAAUGAGCAGAGUGGUUUUUACGAAAGGUUUGUGUGUGCCCAGUUGGUCUCUAUGAAUGAUAAAGAUGAAAUGAUAACAUCAGUUAAAAACCAAUACGUCGUUGAGGAUUCCGAGUAUGAACAACAAUUUAAACUUUUGAUUCUUUUGCUUAGCAAUGCAGAUGGUAUUAAUCUGAGUAGCUUUAUCUCUAUCUUGGGAUUACAUUUUCUCAUUUCAUCUGAUCCUGAUCAGACUCUCCUCCCGUGUAAACCAUUGCUGACCAUGAUGGCGAUGACGAAGACGAUGCAAAAGAGGUCAUUCCUUCAUUUAAAAACCGUCCAUUCUUUUGAGGUUGGUAAAUGGGUAGACGACGUAAGUUGUCGCAUGUCGGCCGGCGAGAUGGCUCAUUGGUUCGAAUGCUCGCUGAGUCAAAAAUCUCAAUGGCUAUCAUAUACUCAGCGUAUAUGA